AUGGAGUGCGGGGCGACGUUGAAGCGGCCCAUGGAGUUCGAGGCGGCGCUGCUGAGUCCCGGCUCCCCGAAGCGGCGGCGCUGUGCCCCUCUGCCCGGCCCGGCUCCCGGCCUUAGGCCCCCGGAGGCCGAGCCGCCGCCGCUUCAGACACAGAUCCCACCGCCGGCUCUGCAACAGCCUGCCUCGCCCGGUAGCGAGCGACGCCUUCCAACUCCGGAGCAAAUUUUUCAGAACAUAAAACAAGAAUAUAGCCGUUACCAGAGGUGGAGACAUUUAGAAGUUGUUCUUAAUCAGAGUGAAGCUUGCACUUCGGAAAGUCAUCCUCACCCCUCAGCACUCACAGCACCUAGUUCUCCAGGUUCCUCCUGGAUGAAGAAGGACCAGCCCACCUUUACCCUCCAUCAAGUUGGAAUAAUAUGUGAGCGUCUCUUAAAAGACUAUGAACCAUCUAACACCGAUAAAAUUCGGGAGGAGUAUGAGCAAAUCCUCAAUACCAAACUAGCAGAACAAUAUGAAUCUUUUGUGAAAUUCACACAUGAUCAGAUUAUGCGACGAUAUGGGACAAGGCCAACAAGCUACGUAUCCUAA